UGCUGUGAUGGGGGGAUGGGAUGGGGCCACUCAGAGCUCUCGUGCUCCACUAACUCAGCGCGCUCAUUAAUCUCAGUUUUCUCCUCUAUAUCGAUGCUGUUUUAAAAUAAAAAUCAUCUUUCCAGUUACCGCAUGUGUUACGUGGCAACAGAAGAGCAAAAAGUGACGGCCUGCGAUUGAAUUUUGGUGCAGAAAGCGUUUAAAAUGUAUCCCAUUGGAGCAGCUGGUGCUGCUGAGAUGUGUCAGUCCUCGGGGUCAGAUGUUUCUGAUAAAAGUCUUACGGGUUUGGAACAACAUGAAGCUCCUGUGUCUCCUCCACCACCAGAGUAUGUCUUCAAACCACCUCAACGGCCAGACUUUGGCACAAUGGGUAGGACAAUCAAGCUUCAGGCUAACUUCUUUGAAAUGGAAAUACCCAAGUUGGAGGUGUACCAUUAUGACAUAGACAUCAAGCCUGAGAAAUGCCCACGGAGAGUUAACCGUGAAAUUGUUGAGCACAUGGUCCAGCACUUUAAGACGCAGAUCUUUGGAGAUCGAAAGCCUGUGUAUGAUGGAAGGAAGAAUCUCUACACUGCCAUGCCUUUACCCAUUGGAAGAGACAAAGUGGAGCUGGAGGUCACAAUUCCAGGGGAGGGAAAAGACAGGAGCUUUAAAGUAGCUAUAAAGUGGGUGUCAUGUGUGAGUCUGCAAGCUCUACAUGAAGCACUGUCUGGGCGGCUACCGAACAUCCCCUUUGAGACCAUUCAGGCUCUGGACGUUGUCAUGAGACAUUUGCCCUCUAUGAGGUACACCCCAGUCGGACGUUCGUUCUUUACUCCGUCUGAGGGCUGCUCCAACCCCCUGGGUGGAGGAAGAGAAGUUUGGUUUGGUUUCCAUCAGUCUGUUCGGCCAUCCCUCUGGAAAAUGAUGCUCAACAUUGAUGUGUCCGCCACUGCAUUUUACAAAGCUCAACCUGUGAUUGAGUUCAUGUGUGAGGUUUUGGAUUUUAAAAGCAUCGAAGAGCAACAGAAGCCCUUAACAGAUUCCCAGAGAGUGAAGUUUACCAAGGAGAUCAAAGGUCUGAAGGUUGAAAUAACUCACUGUGGACAGAUGAAGAGGAAGUACAGGGUGUGCAAUGUGACUAGGAGACCAGCAAGCCAUCAAACGUUCCCCUUGCAGCAAGAGAAUGGUCAGACCAUUGAAUGCACUGUCGCGCAGUACUUCAAGGAUAAGUACAAAUUGGUGCUGCGAUACCCACAUCUCCCAUGUUUACAAGUUGGUCAGGAGCAGAAACACACCUACCUUCCACUGGAGGUCUGUAACAUAGUAGCCGGACAGAGAUGCAUAAAGAAACUGACAGACAAUCAGACCUCCACUAUGAUACGUGCCACAGCCAGGUCUGCGCCUGACCGUCAGGAUGAGAUUAGCAAACUGAUGAGAAGUGCCAACUUCAACACUGAUCCUUAUGUGCGUGAGUUUGGAGUCAUGGUAAGAGACGAGAUGACUGAGGUCAAUGGUCGGGUCCUUCAGGCACCUUCGAUUCUCUAUGGUGGAAGGAACAAAGCAAUAGCAACCCCAGUCCAGGGUGUGUGGGACAUGAGGAACAAGCAGUUCCACACAGGGAUUGAGAUCAAAGUGUGGGCUAUUGCCUGCUUUGCCCCACAGAGGCAGUGUACAGAACUCCUCCUGAAGGCGUUCACUGACCAGCUUCGUAAAAUCUCACGUGAUGCUGGGAUGCCCAUUCAGGGCCAGCCUUGUUUUUGCAAGUAUGCCCAAGGAGCAGACAGUGUGGAGCCCAUGUUCAAACACCUCAAGUACACUUACCAAGGCUUACAGUUGGUGGUGGUUAUCCUACCCGGGAAGACCCCUGUUUAUGCUGAGGUGAAGCGUGUUGGAGACACUGUUCUUGGCAUGGCCACCCAGUGUGUCCAGGUGAAGAAUGUACAGAAGACCACACCUCAGACCCUUUCCAACCUCUGCCUCAAGAUUAAUGUCAAACUGGGUGGAGUCAACAACAUUCUUCUUCCACAGGGCAGGCCCUUGGUGUUUCAGCAACCAGUCAUCUUUCUGGGUGCAGAUGUAACUCAUCCACCAGCUGGAGAUGGCAAGAAACCCUCAAUUGCUGCUGUUGUUGGCAGUAUGGAUGCCCACCCAAGUCGAUACUGUGCCACGGUUCGGGUGCAACAGCACCGUCAGGACAUCAUUCAGGAUCUGGCCACCAUGGUGAGAGAGCUGCUCAUCCAGUUCUACAAAUCCACACGCUUCAAACCAACACGCAUAAUCUACUACAGAGAUGGCAUCUCGGAGGGCCAGUUCAACCAAGUUCUACAGCAUGAACUGCUGGCUAUCCGGGAGGCCUGCAUCAAGCUGGAGAAAGAUUAUCAACCAGGAAUCACCUUUGUAGUAGUGCAGAAGAGACACCACACCAGGCUCUUCUGCAUGGACAGGAAUGAACGGGUUGGAAAGAGUGGCAACAUCCCUGCUGGCACCACAGUUGACACCAAAAUUACUCACCCAUCUGAGUUUGACUUUUAUCUUUGCAGUCAUGCCGGAAUUCAGGGAACCAGCAGGCCGUCUCACUAUCACGUGCUGUGGGAUGACAACCAUUUCACCUCUGAUGAGCUGCAGGUCCUCACAUACCAGCUGUGCCACACCUACGUGCGCUGCACCCGCUCUGUCUCCAUUCCUGCACCAGCCUAUUACGCCCACCUGGUGGCAUUCCGUGCCCGUUACCACUUGGUUGACAAAGAACAUGACAGUGCUGAAGGCAGUCACACAUCAGGUCAGAGUAACGGCAGAGACCAGCAAGCCCUGGCCAAAGCUGUUCAGAUCCACCAGGACACACUGCGCACCAUGUACUUCGCCUGAACAUAGCCAGAAACAAGCCCCACAUCCUGAAAACAGCACGGUGUGUGUGUGUGUUUGUGUUUGCCUCAUGAGAACCUUCAAAUGGGGGGAAAAACAAUAAUCGCCAUGCUGUUAGGUUACCCAUUGCCCAUGUAGUCAAUUACCAAACAUCCUAAAUAUCCAUGGUUUUUAAAACUGUAACUUAUUAAUUUAUCUCUUUUUUUCCUUUAGUUUGGUGGGCAUGAUUGUGUACCUGUUGUGCAUGUCAGAUUUGAGGUUAACAUGUUUACAUAGUCAAUCCAAAAAUUCAGACUAUUUUUACACUGAAAGUUACAUUUGCAUCCGGAUGGGCUUGAUUCAAUACUAUUGCCAAGGCUGGUGAUGGAGACUGUUGAACAGUAGUUUUACAAACUCAUCAAACCAAUGAAUUCGGGUUAGUUUAGGAUAACACGGAUCAGGUUAAGGGGUUGUGGGGAUGCAGUUUCCACAGCUAAAUUAUUUAUCAGCAAGAGCCAGUGCACUGACCAGAAGAGGACUUCAGGACAAAAGUACUUAUCCUGUUUUGUUUCAUUUAUUUGUUGUGCUAAUAUGAUUUUUUUUUUUUUUUUAUUAUCAUGGUGUCAUUUAUUGUUUAGUCCAGGGCUCAGUCGACUUACUGUACCUGUCCGUGUCCGCCAAUGGCAUGAUUAACGGAGUGCUAUCAUGUACUUGUGUCAGAAAAUUUGAACACAGUGAGUGCAGAAUCAAGAAAGCUUUUGGAAGUGAGAAUGUAGGAAUUGUUCUGACAAUCAGUUUUCUGGCACUCUGCCGCUCAUUUGAGGCUGGUUCUCAUCAGUGACGCCCUCCGUUUACCUGUGACAGGGUUCUCGGUGCAGAAAUAUCUUUGUAAUAUUGAUAAUUGACCUGUAAAGUACUAAUAUUUUAGGACUCCAAGCAUUUCGAUUGAGAUUAUCUUGUACGUACUUUAAAUUCUGCUGCCAUAAGCAUUUCUCUGAUUUGUCGAAUGUGAUUGUAACAACCUAACGUUUCGGUGGGUGGGUGUAUGAGUUAAAUAUCUUUCACAUCAAAAUUAGAUCGCAUUUCACUUUAAGCACCUAUUCUGAAAUUUUCAUUUUGACGUUGUCAAAAAUAUUCCCCACAACGAAACAUGAGGCAGUUGUGUGCUGAAUAUUAGGGAAUCUGGAGUUUGCUUGGUUCUGUGUGCUGUUUCCAACGGUGAAGUUUGACUGUACUAUGUUGACUGGGUUUAAACGCUGUCGUCGCACUCCAGCGGACUUUACAGGCGAUCGAAACUUUUAAAGAUUAAUACAGAUAUCAAUUGCAUUUUUCAUAGAGACACGAGGUCAGUGAAAAUUUCAUACAAAUUUCGAAUGCACCUUAGUUUUUUUUUAGUUUUUUUUAUCUCUAGCUUAUAACCA